GACUCUGACUGAGCGCUCCCGCGCAUUCUCCGCGCAUGCGCAGCUACGCGAACACGGACACGCGCAGAGACGCACGAGCGCGCGCAGCAGUAGCGGAGCAGCGCAAUCGUUCAGCAGGAUUCUCGAGAAUCAUGAGCGUGGGAAAACUGGUGGUGUGUGUGUUGGCGCUGGCCGUGUGUGAGGCGUAUGUGUUUCAGGCCGGUCAGUCGUCAGAAGAUGUGGAAGAAACUCCUCCACAGAGCAGAGAUUUCUCUGGCUCCUGUAAGGGCCGUUGUUUCGAGCUGAAGGAGGCGGAGCCGCCCAGCUGCAGGUGUGAUAAUCUGUGUAAGACUUACCUGAGCUGCUGCUUCGACUUCGAUGAGCAGUGCCUCAAGACAGAGGGAGGGUUCGAGUGUUCUCGGGAGCGCUGUGGUGAGGUCAGGAACGAGGAUCACGCCUGUCACUGUUCAGACGACUGUCUGCUGAGAGGAGACUGCUGUACCAACUACAGACCACUGUGCAAGGGCGACAGCUCCUGGCUGGAGGGCGACUGUGAGGAGAUUCAGAGCCCAGAAUGCCCUGCAGGGUUUGUCCGUCCUCCCCUCAUCAUCCUGUCUCUGGACGGCUUCCGCGCCUCUUACAUAAGAAAAGGGAAGAGCGUCCUACCCAACAUCCUCAAACUGAGAUCGUGUGGAACUCACGCCCCUCAUAUGAGACCCAUGUACCCGUCCAAAACCUUCCCGAACCUCUACACGCUGGCCACGGGUCUGUAUCCCGAGUCUCACGGGAUCGUGUGUAACUCCAUGUACGACCCCGUGUUCAAAGCUCAGUUCAGACUGAAAGGACGAGAGAAGCUCAAUCACCGCUGGUGGGGGGGGCAGCCCAUUUGGAUCACAGCAGAGAAGCAGGGCGUGAAAGCUGGGACAUUCUUCUGGCCCUGGGUGAUUCCUCUGGAGCGGAGGAUCCUCACUAUCCUGCAGUGGCUGCAUCUGCCUGAUAACGAGAGGUACAUCAUGACUACUAAUGAGAAAACAAAACAUUCUUAUGAGGGACAGUUAAGCCCUGGGUUCUCAUAA